AUUCAUUUUCAAAAUCAGCCAGAUCCUUCUAAAUUCUGUUUUGAAUAAAACACAAACGACUUAUCCAAUGAUUUCGAUUGCCCAGUGGCUUAGCUCUUUUUCAGCAGGAGUUUUGGCUUCUGCGCAGUCAAUUACUUUUUUAAAGACUGCCAAUGAAGAGGAGUUGCCUUCUAAGAUCUCUAGCCAGCUGGAAACUGCGGCAAUUGAUGGAUUGGCCAAGGAAGAACCGAAGAUCCUGGGAUCUGAACAUAUCAGCAGUGUCCUGCAGCACAUUUUCAGCAGUGAGCAGAACUCAAGUCACGUUUAUAUAGAUGCCAAGCACAAUCGCAGUGCCAAAAAGGAGGGGUACGCUUUGGGCUCCGAGUCCCUGAAUCAAAUGCUGGAGGACAUCAUGACCGCCACCGGAAAUGUAAACCAGAAAACCUUGUCCAUGGAGCCUGCGGUAGAAGUUUAGGGUUUUCCACGAACCUCUUUUAAUUUAAAUCUUAGUAUUUUUGUUUCUUUCAUUAAUAAAUUAAUAAAAUCAAUGAUUAAAGUCAAAA